GGCUGUUUGCAAAGUCGUCAUCAUGUUAUCUACGCUGCUUUGAGCUGCAUUCAAACUUUGAUCUAUGCAUGAUGGGAAUUAAAUCACGUUUUGCGCUUUAAUUUCUCAGUUCUUGGACAUACUGGGAUUACUUUCCUUCUGUCAUUUGGAGAUAUAACCCUAGGCUGAAUACAGUGUUUGGUUGCUGAGGAAUUAUUGCAGCCGAGUCUUUACACCCUGCGGCGAUAUUAUGACAACAGAUUAAUUGUGUUGUCCUCAGGAUAAAUCCAUCCUCUCCUCAGAUUUAAGUUUCCUUUCGAGAACAAACCCUUUACGUGGAGGAUGCUCUGCGUGCAAACGACUAACAAGUGGAUAAUAUUUCUUUGAGCAAAACAACCUACCGACAAAAUGCCAAAACAAAAUGCGGAUGAAUAUCGACCUUUGCUUGAAGACAUCAAAGAUACAAAGCGGACUUCUAAGUUCCCAAAAAAAUCACUCGUGCUGGCUGCAUGUGCUGCUUGUAUAGGAGGAACCUUCCAGUGUGGAUAUAACAUCUCUGUCAUCAAUGCACCUACCAUGUACGUGCAGAAUUUCAUCAACCAAACCUGGAACGAGCGUUACCAAAUGGACAUAUCAGAAUAUGUUGUCACCCUACUAUGGUCCAUUAUUGUAUCUAUAUUUACCUUAGGAGGACUUAUAGGAGUGUCAAUCGGUGGAACGUUGUCUGUGAAGCUGGGAAGGAAAGGGACAUUGUUGACCAAUAAUAUCUUUGCAAUAACGGCUGCACUGCUGAUGGGUCUGAGUUACCCUACAGGAUUAUUUGAAUUACUCAUCAUUGGACGUCUCCUCUCUGGAGUGAACGCAGGAAUUGGCAUUUGUGUUCAACCUCUGUAUUUGGGGGAAAUCGCUCCAACUGCACUUCGUGGCGUCACAGGAAUGGGAACCUCUGUUUUCAUCACUCUUGGGAUCUUGACUGGACAAGUGAUGGGUCUACAAGAGUUGCUGGGCAGAGAAGAGUACUGGCCUAUUCUGCUCUCCACCACAUGUAUCCCAGCCUUCCUGCAGCUCCUGAUCCUACCUUGCUUCCCAGAGAGCCCACGCUACCUGCUUAUUGACAAAGGAGAUGAUGAGGGAUGUAAAAAAGCCCUGAAGCAACUGCAUGGUAUGGCCAGCUAUGAGGCUGAACGGGAGGACAUCGAGAAGGAGAGAAACAAUUUGGUCGGGUUCAAGGCCAAGAAACCCUGGGAGCUCUUCACUGACCGCAGCGUGCGCUGGCAGCUUCUCACUGUCAUGUUCCUCAAUGCAGCUCAACAGCUGAACGGGAUCAAUGCUAUUUACUUCUAUGCAGAUUAUGUGUUCAGACAAGCUGGUAUUCCCGACGAUAAAAUACCAUAUAUGACUGUUGGCACUGGUGCCUGUGAAUGUCUCACCGCUUUAACCUGUGGUCUGCUCAUUGAAAGUCUGGGAAGGAAAGUGCUCAUCACAGGAGGAUACACGCUGAUGAGCGUCUGCUGCAUUUUAUUCACUCUGACCAUGACUUUUCAGGAUACCAGUCCAGUGAUUCCAUACUUAAGCAUGGCAUGUGUUUUUGCCUUUAUCCUGAGUUUUGGCUUAGGACCAGGUGGCGUGACUAACAUCUUGACAGCAGAGCUAUUCACACAAACCUCACGCCCUGCGGCGUACAUGAUCGCAGGAUCAGUGAAUUGGCUUAGCUUCUUCUUCAUCAGCAUGGUCUUCCCUUUUAUUGUGAUCGGGCUGCAUCAAUACUGUUUCCUGGUGUUUUUGGCCGUCUGUUCCAUGGUGGCAACGUACAUAUUCUUUAUUGUUCCUGAAACCAAGAACAAAACCUUCCUGGAAAUCCAGAAUGCGUUUCAGUCCAAAAACAACGGAAAGGCCUACAGUGCUGACGGCUCAGGGACAAAACUGUUGGCAACCUCUAUGUAACUCUUGACUCAGGAUUCAAGCAAUUUUAAGCUAUUUUUAUCUCUCAAAUUGCGGCGGCACUGAUUCUCCAGACUUCAGCUGAUCAGGAAGAAGCCUGAGGACCAGUUCCCAACCACAUAUAAAAUAUAUUAAAAAAAUAUUUACUUAAAAAAACCUCACAAGUCUCUUCACAGUGAAAAAUGUCUCCUUAAUAAUGAACAAAUGCCUCUUCAGUAAGAAGUGUAUAAAGCAGUUUAAUUAAAUAUACAAAUAAACAAAACAACAAAAUAAAGCUUGCAGGCAUUAGGCUAUCGUUAGGCAAGCAAAACUGUUGCACGAAUAGCACUAAAAUCUGCCAUAGUGCAGGUAACUUAGUUUAAAGGUUAUUUUAUGAAUGUUCCCUCAAGCUAGGCUCCAGAAUGCUCAAAGUCACCCGCAAUCAAAAAUGCAAAAAACAGCAA